AUGCCUUUGGAUUAUAGUAAAUGGGAUAAACUUGAAUUAUCUGAUGAUUCAGAUAUUGAAGUACAUCCUAAUGUCGACAAGCGUUCAAUGAUCAAAUGGAAACGGGAAGCCAUUCAUCGUGAGCGUGCUGAGCGUAAAGCCAAGAUGGACUAUUUAAGCAGAUUUAUAUCUCAACAACAGAAUGUAUUGAAAAAAGUUCAAGAAUUGAUUCAAAUGUUGAAAGGGAAUGAUGAGUCAACUGGACUUCAGAUGAUUAUGCAAGAGCUUAAUAAGGAACAAACAGAAGCUGUUCCCGGUAUGAAAGUACCUGCUUCAGACGGCAAAGAGGUAGAUAUUUCACAAGUUUUUGCACUCAUGAAAGCGCAGAUUGAAGCAGGAUUAGCUCAACAGUCGCCUGCUGAAGUGAAAAAGAGUUUAUUAGACCGAUUUGAGCAAACCGAAGCUACUGUACAAAAGAAAAUUGAUGAAUCCACUCAAGAAUUAGAAAAAUUAGAAAAGGAAGCCAACAAAAAACUGACAAGUGACAAUAUGUUUACAAAGGAAAGAUCGAGUAAGACGAUUAUCAACAAGCCAAAGCCUUUACCAACUAAAACUGAUAAGAAAAAAGAAAAGGUGAUUGAGACAUUAAAUCCAAAUGCUACUAUGAAAGAUUUGGGUGUAGAAGGUUCUAGUAAACAGCAAGAAGUUCAAGUAGAUGAAGAAGAGAAUGAAGAUGAAGAUAUUGAAAUGACACCUAAUGCAUCAAGAUUUUCAAAAUUGAAAGGUUUUGAAGAUAGUUAUAAAUUCCUCAAUAAUUAUCCUGAAAUUAUUAAUGAAAAGACUUCUGAUUCUAUUCUUGGACAAGCAUUUACAGCACAAUUAAAGGGAGAUGAAUCUUAUGCGAAGAAUUGUGUCAUUCAGUCUUUGAUGAUUCAGUAUUGUGGACAGUUAGGCAAAAAUGGUGUUAAUCUCUUCUUUUCAAAAAUGAGUGGACCUAAUUCACAAGGUCGUAAAAUGUUCUUUGAUGAUGUUGAAAAAACUUAUGAUCGUAUUCGUACUCGAUGUGCAGAAAUUGCAGCUGAAGAAGUUAGUGUUGAACAAGGUGGUGUGGAAACGAUUCAGCUUCAACCCAUGGGAGAUGGGACCCAGUUAACAAUUCGUGUACCCACUCCUGAAGAUGAAGAACCCUAUCAAGUCUUUUGUUCUUUACCUACAGACUUCCAAGAAGCACUCAAGACUGGAAAACUUGAAGAGAUUAACAAAGUUUUAGAGAAAACACCUGUUACUGAAGCUGAAAACUUUGUCAAGAUUUGUUCAGACUAUGGCUUUUUAGAUGUUGAAGGAGAAGUGAUUGAUCAAACUGGUAAACAAUAA